AGACGUGCCACUUUUAUAAAUCACAUAACUCUGUAGAGUCAUAUUAUUUUCAUAAUUUCGUUAUCAAAGCACGUGUGCAGUUAAUUAUUAUGAAGUUGCAAUACGUUUUAUUGUAUACGCUAAUAUUUCUGAUGCCGUUCACGUUUGCGCUGCCCCCUUUGCGCCAGAGUCUUAAUGACUCCUACAACUCCAUUAAGGAAAGCUUCAGCGAUGCUUGGGAUUCUUUGGCUCGUAAAAUUGAGAAGCGUUACUAUGACGCCGGUGACUGGGUCACGCAGAAAUUGAGAGGAACAAUUGUAAAAUUUUCAGUUGACACAUGGAACAAUGUAUCAGAAAAAUAUAGAGCCACCGAAGAAUGGGUAUCGACGAGAUGGAAAAAACUCUACACAUGGCUAUUUGAAAUUAAUCCUUUAAUAUCAUAGUUAUUGUAUUAAAAUUAGGAAACCGUAGUUAUAGUAUUUAUUUAAUUUAUUUCUGUAAAUAGUACUGCCAUUGUUGGUUACAUUAAGGUAAAAAAAUUAUAUAGCUUACUGUCGCGCUCAAAAUCGGCCAAAGGUUACCUUAACAGUCGUUAAGUUUGAUUGUCGUACUAAAUCUACACUAAGCAUAUAUUGAACAUCUCAGAGUGCGGCAGAUAAUACUUCAAAUGCGAAUAAUGAUUGUUACCACAAGCCUUGGGUUAUGUCAGUUACAACAGAGAGUUUGACGUGUUCCUUUUUUAUU